AUGUCGACGAUCAAAGUUGCACUUAUCCAACUUCACCCACAGCCUCACCAAACUGAGUCUAACUUGGCUCGUGGAAUUGCCUACAUUCGAAAAGCUGCUUCUGAUGGUGCAAACUUGGCAGUUCUUCCUGAGUACCAAUUAGGAGAUUUCCUCCCCGAGGAUCCAAAGUUCCGCGACCAAUGCGCGAAUUGGAAAGUGCACCUGGACACGUAUUGUAGUCUUGCGAAAGAAUGCAAUAUAUGCAUUGUGCCGGGAUCCGCGGCGGAACUGCAUCGCGAUGAAACAACAGGAACAGAAGCAAUCUACAAUGUGGUCUAUUUCAUUGACAAUACUGGUACCGUGGCCGGUCGAUAUGCGAAAAAGAAUCUUUGGCAUCCUGAGCGGCUAUACGUGAAAAGCUCACAACAUGAUGCUCAUGUUGCCUUUGAUACGCCAUUGGGAAAAGUCGGCAUGCUAGUUUGCUGGGAUGUUGCCUUCCCAGAAGCCUUCCGCGAAUUAAUAGCACAGGGCGCAAAGCUAAUCAUUGUGCCAUCUUUCUGGAAGCUCACGGACUGUGCACCACAGGGCACGCUGCAUAAUCAGCUUGCAGAACAGGUAUUCCUCGAUGCGGCUCUCAUUAGUCGAGCAUGCGAAAAUACCUGUGCUGUGGUGUUUUGUAACGCGGGAGGUCCAGCCGAUGAUGGCUUUGCUGGUUUGUCUCAAGUUACAGUUCCUUUUUUGGGCUGCAUCGGAAGGGUGGAAACCUGUGAGGAGGGAAUGAAAAUCGUCGACUUGAACAUGGGACUUCUGGAGGACGCCGAGUCUGUCUAUAAGAUUCGACAGGACCUCGCACGUCCUGACUGGCAUUAUUCGUAUACAAUCAGAGACAGUAUCUAG